UUAUUUCCUUUUGAACAGUCCAAACUAUUAUACCAAGCCGGUUGAAAAUGAAACCUAAAGGAUGGGUCUUCCUGAUAGUGUUGGUCAGCCCAUGUGAAAAUGGAAAACUGAAAAGUUCGGUUCCAAUAUGUUCCUAAAACCCCCCGACUUAACCAAGCAGCAGCUGAAGUUGGUGCUUCUGUUGUUCACAAUUUUGUUGGUUGCAUUAAGGAUUGGGCACGAAACCGUUUUGGUGAUAGAAGCUGCUCUUACAAAAGGAGAAGAUCCUGGUUGUCUGUGGUCAUGGAAGUUUCUUUUGAAGAAGAAUUUCCCGACUUUGAUGUCCGUCUCUCUCCACAGCUUAGGAAACAAUUUUACGAGAAAUUAAAACAUCUGGUGGUUGUUAUUGACACAAUGCUCGAAGAUGGGACAAAAAAUGGGAUAUGGGAUGGCAAGUAUACCUUAGAAGAAGAGGAUGAGGAGAAAUUUAUACGUGGUGGAGGGGUCAUAAUGAAUAGUAGGGGUUUUAUUCUUACGUGUGCUCAGUUGAUACCUCCUAAUUUCAGCAAGAUUCAGUUUCGUCGGAUGAAUGAUGAGUCGUUUUCAGAAUGUGUGUUGGUAGCAAGAAAAGAGGAUUUAGAUUUGGCAAUCGUGAGGCCUGUAAAGGAUGAAGGGGCUGUAUCUGAUUUCGGAAAGUUAGGUUUUCAAGAGUUCAUCGACGUAGGGAUGGAAGUAUUUUCAAUAGCUCACCCAAUAGACUUGUGUUAUUCAUUGGUCAUUGGACAGGUCACCUUUCCAUGCCUCUAUGAUGGUACAGCUCCUAGUGACUAUCCUCGGGAUCAGACUCCUAGUUCGAGGUUAGUUGGAUUUGUGGUUGAUGACCAACGUGAUGAUGAACUCAAACACCUUGCCAAGGAUUUGCAGCUCAUUCAAAUCAACAACUUUCAUGGUACCCAUAACUUGGCGAGAAGGACAUCAUUUGGUGCACCCGUCUUCGAUUCCCGUGGUAGGGUUAUAGGACUCAAUACCUUUGUUUUAGUGGAGAUGGAUUUCGCAAUUCAUAUGUCUGUUCUGGAGAAAUUUUGGAAAGAAAAUGUUUCAGAGCCUCAAGAAAAUGGUUCAGAUCCUCAAGAAAGUGUUUCAGAGCAUCUUUCAAAGCCUCAGGAAAAUGUUUCAGAGCCUCAGCCUCCAAAAAGAAAGAAAAGGAAAAGGAAAGGGAAUCGGGUCGUUUGUGAAUUUUUUGAGUUCAAUUCAAAUUCUUUGCGAACCUAAAGGGUUAGUUCCCCUCACACAAGAGUUGACACAAGUUUUGUGAGGGAUCCAUUUUGGAGUCCCACGCAAAUAAUCGGAGUCGUUCAAUUUGUUUAAAACAUAUUUUUAAGAGUUCCUAUAAAAAAUUAACUCAUUUGAAUA